GGAUUGUUCUGAACCCAGGACCGUUCUAAUCCCUGGAUUGUUCUGAUUUCAGGGCCGUUCUGAUCCCUGGAUUAUUCUGAUCCCAGAACUGUUCUGAUUCCUGGAUUGUUCUGAUCCCUGGAUUGUUCUGAUCCCAGGACCGUUCUGAACCCAGAACCGUUCUGAUCCCUGGAUUGUUCUGAUCCCAGGAACGUUCUGAUCCCUGGAUUGUUCUGAUCCCAGGAAUGUUCUGAUCCCUGGAUUGUUCUGAUCCCUGGAACGUUCUGAUCCCUGGAUUGUUCUGAACCCAGGACCGUUCUGAUCCCUGGAUUGUUCUGAUUUCAGGGCCGUUCUGAUCCCUGGAUUAUUCUGAUCCCAGAACUGUUCUGAUCCCUGGAUUGUUCUGAUCCCUGGAUUAUUCUGAUCCCUGGAUUAUUCUGAUCCCAGAACUGUUCUGAUCCCUGGAUUGUUCUGAUCCCUGGAUUAUUCUGAUCCCAGGACAGUUCUGAACCCAGGACAGUUCUGAUCCCUGGAUUAUUCUGAUCCCAGGACAGUUCUGAUCCCAGGGCCGUUCUGAUCCCUGGAUUAUUCUGAUCCCAGGACAGUUAUGAACCCAAGACCGUUUUGACCCCAGGACCGUACUGACCCCAGGACUGUUCUUGUCAAGGGUCUAAGAUACACAGGGACAUUCGGUGGUUGUCACAGAGGUCACAGCAGGACUGAAGAGAACUGAACUGGCAAGGCAGCCUUAAGGCUGAGACUCAAAAGACCAUAAACCCUUCACUAACAAAGAAAUGAGUUUGGCCCAAACUCACCAGCCAUUGAUGUGGCGUUGUACAUCAGGUCCAGUUAAAAUACUGUGUAGUGUCAGGGCUUAACCUCAUUCAGGUGCAGCGAUUUUUCACCCCGGACACUCGUAGUCUGCUGUAUGUGAAAGGUGAGUGACCACAAGGUCACUAAAUCCAAGAUGACUCACCACACUUCAGAGUGGCGCCAUAAACCUUUUUUUAUGGCAUAGUUAUGGUAGUUCUGUCCCCAAAGUGUCAAGAGAGAUGGGUGGAGGUGAGGGCUGUGAGUAUUUAAACAGGGUCAGGUCACCCAGAACCUUACUGUGCCCUGCUUGUCUUGGAACUGCUCAAGCACUCUCCUCGCCUUCACUCGUUCUCCACUCUCAGCACACAAUGGCAUUCUCUGGAAAGUGGGAAACAGAGUCCCAGGAAGGAUACGAAGAGUUCUGCAAGCUCCUUGGUAUCCCAGAUGACAUCAUUGAAAAGGGCCGCAACUACAAGCUCAUCACAGAGGUGGUUCAGAAUGGCGAGGAGUUUACAUGGACCCAGGUUUAUCCCACCAACAAGACUGUCAGCAACAAGUUUGUCAUUGGCCAGGAAUGUGACAUGGAAACCAUUGGGGGCAAGAAGUUCAAAGCCACCGUUACAAUGGAGGGGGGAAAGCUGAGCACGUCAUUUCCCAAAUAUCACCAUACAUCUGAAAUCAGCGGCGGAAAGCUGAUUGAGAUUUCAACCACAGGGUCGGUGGUGCUGAAAAGAACAAGCAAGAAGAUCUAACAUUCUUACCGUGUUAUUGACAGCAGAUGGGGGGGGGGGGUACCAUGAGUAAAUAAAAGAGGGUGACACUG